GGAAACAGCUCCCUGACUCACAUUGCCUCUCAGCUGGAGACCAGAGCGUCACAUUCACAGGAUCAUUUGAGCCCUCCGCAAAAUGUAUUUGCCAUGUGAGUGACACCACCACCACAGCAUGUGACAGGGAAAGAGGUUAUGCUUUCACUCCAAGCCUGACGAGCCUGCCUGGCCAGGAGGAGCAUGUGACCUCAACAGGUUUAGAACCAGCACACAGACAUUUGCUCUCAUUCAGUUCAUCCAGGCUGUUGUUGGGGCUGAGUCAGUGAAAUCCUUAUACUCUAACUAGUUCACAUUUCUCCCUAGAGUUGAAAGCUGUGCAGAUUAAGAUGGACUCUCUGAAGAAGGUCCAGAGGAGGAGGAAGGAUAUGGCGCCAACAGCCGCCCCUGACGGUGGCUACGCCUGGUUCAUCUUGCUCUCCUGCUUCCUGGUCUUUGGACUGACCUUUGGGGUCAUUAAGUCGUUUGGUGUCUUCUAUGUCGAAAUACAGCAAUACUUUGAAACCACAGCAACAGGAACAUCAUGGAUCACCUCUAUUGCUGUGGCAACCAUUCACGUUGCAGCUCCUGUAGCUUCUGCUCUGAGUGCCCGCUGCAGCCAUCGCUCUGUAGUUAUAACGGGUGGACUGAUCUGCAGCUUAGGAGUCAUGAUUGGGGCUUUUGCUAAUAAUGUGAUUGAACUCUACUUAACAGUGGGGUUCUUGAAUGGUCUUGGGUAUGCUUUAACCUGGACCCCCACAGUGACCAUGUUGGGCUUGUACUUUGAGAGGAGGCGUCCGAUGGCGAACGCCUUGGCCAGCACUGGGGAGUGCAUCCUUACCUUCAUCCUCACACCUCUGUUCCAGCUGCUGAUUGACACCUACUCCUGGAGGGGGGCUUUGCUGAUCCUGGGGGCUUUGCAGCUUAACUUGUGCAUGUGUGGGAUGCUACUGAGGCCCCUAAGAGCCACCGCAUAUGGGACUCGUGUCAAUGAGGUCAAAGCAGUAGAGACAGAGGAGCUCAGAAUAUCUGAUGGUUCUGAUCAGAGCACAGUCAAGGUUUGUCUUGAAGACCCAGAGGAGAUCACUAAUUCAAAAGACUCAAAGACAGCUGAUUUAAGGACCAAAAUCCUGCGCUACGUAGAUUAUACCCUCAUCGCUAAUGCUCAGUUCAUGGUCUACUCAAUGUUUGGGGUGUUUGCUGCUCUGGGUUUCUUUGCCCCAGCUUUGUUCCUGGUCCCUUAUGCUCGCAGUAAAGGAAUCGAAGAAUACCAGGCGGCUGCGCUCAUGUCCAUCUCUGCAGUGCUGGAUGUGUUCGGAAGGGUGUUCUUUGGCUGGGUGGCAAACCUGAGACUGGUGGAGACGGUGCAACAGCUGACGGCUACAGUGAUUCUGCUGGGUUCUGUGCUGCUCCUCUGCCCACUGGCCUCCUCGUUUCCUGAGCUGGCUGCUUUCAGCGCGGCUUACGGGCUCGUGUACGGCGCCACGGUCUCCAUCCACAUCACCGUCCUGGCUGAGGUUGUGGGUGUCCGCAGGUUCGGCAGCGCGCUGGGGUUUUUCAUGCUCAUACGCAGCAGCGGAGGCCUGCUUGGACCGCCCAUCGCUGGAUACUUCAUUGAUAAGAUGGGGAAUUACGGGACGGGCUUCAUUAUGGCGGGAGUGGCUCUCAUCGUCUCUGCCCUGUUCCUGCUUCUCCUCCAUCAGAUGACCCGCAGGGGUCAAAGGUCAACGAAGAUGCAAACGGACAAAAUGGGACAAAGCCUCGGAGAUGAAGUCAAAGAUCUGAGCAUAGAUGGAGAAAUAGUCUCUGAUGCUGAUGGAUGCGGAGGUAAAUCUCAAGAUCAACAUCAAACAUUUAAAAAUUGUAAAGACUGAGGCAGCGAGAGGUGUGAAAAACAAUCAUCUGCUGGAUCAAACGGGUCUUUGGAGUCAUCAAGUGUCUAGGUGAUGACUCGAUGGAUUGAGGUGAGCAUCUCUGUCUAUAACACAGACCACAGACAGUGUGAGCAUGCAGGGAAUGAUGAAACUGAUAAAACACUUUGCGGUAGAUCUGUCCUGUUUGUUAUCAGUGUUCAAACACUGAAGAGGAAAUAUUAGGGUGGGGAGAUAAGAGGAGCUUUUUUAUUGUUUUGAGCUUUACUUCUAUGAUUUGUUGGGUGGGUGCAUUAUACAGUAUGUGUGUGUAUAACAUCACAAAUUCAGAAGUGACAUAAAAGCGUUUUUUAUUGUCAUUUAUUACAUGUUUUAUGAAUGAGUGAAUGCUUCCUUACUCACUGAAAAUGUGACUAUGGCUCCCCCCAGUGACAAGAUAACGAUGUUGCGUUGGCAGCUCGCACAGCUUCAGGGCUGAGCUGCAACAUGUAGAUAAACGCACAUAUUACAACACAGGAAAGAUCAGAGAAUUCACAGAUAGAAACUGAAUUAAGUUGCUGAAUCAGUUGAUUUGGUCAAUUACUAAGCAAAUGUAUGAACCCUUCUCCUUUAAGUUUACAGGCUAAUUUGAAUCAGCCUCAAAAGUGAACUGAAGUGUUAAAUUAAACAACAAACUAGGUUGUGGUUCAUUGAACUUCUCUCCAGCUUAUGUCCCAGUAGUGUAGCCUGAAACCGAGUGAGAAUCUGCUGCAGAAUGUUUGGUAUGUGCAACCAUUGAGCAAACAAGCUUUCAUACCGCAGGACGAACGAGAGGCCCGAUACACAUCUUAAACCUGCUGCAACGCAAAUAUAACAAGAAUAAAUAAACAUGUGAUCCUCCAUAAAUCUGAAAUAACAAACUCCAAACCGAGGUU